CGCCGAGUCAACGGUGACACCAACAGAGCGCAUCUCCCGCUCGAGAUGCUCGAUUCCACCAUGUCUGAACCUCUGCCUAUUGCUAUCGACCCGGUGGCCCUGGUGACGACAGAAUGUAUCACCGUCACCUCGUCCAUGCGGAAACAUGCCCGCUGGGCGCACUCCUCCGUCUCCGCCAUCUUGGGCGGUAAUGGGGGGUCCCGGGUCUAUGAAAGAGAGACUUCGGCGCCGCCCAGUCCGCGGAAGAGCAGCCAGUCGUCGAGACUCGGUGAGGAAGACCAUGCCUUGGCCAAUCGAUGGGGCCUGCGAGGCAAGAAAGGCAAGAGCAUGCAAGACAACCCGUUGAUAUCAGCCUUCACCCGCCUGCGGAGUGAUCUCAAGGGCUGCAAAGAUAUCCGAACGUUCGAUACUCCAGCCCUCCUGCACCCAUUCUUACAGGUCAUCCGCUCCUCCUCGACCUCCGCCGCGAUCACAUCCCUCGCAUUGGUUGCCAUCACCAAGUUCUUUUCGUACAACAUCAUCAACCGAGACUCCCCCCGUCUGCCAAUGGCCAUGCAGCUCCUCUCGGCUGCAAUUACACACUGUCGAUUCGAAGCGAGCGAUUCUUCGGCGGAUGAGAUCGUGCUACUACGAAUCUUGAAGUUGAUGGAGGGCAUGUUGUCUCGGCCGGAAGGAGAGCUCCUGGGCGAUGAGAGUGUCUGCGAGAUGAUGGAGACGGGGCUGAGCAUGUGCUGUCAAGGCCGUUUGUCAGAAGUGCUGCGGAGGUCGGCAGAAAUGGCCAUGGUCAAAAUGUGCCAAGUCAUUUUUAUGCGGCUGUCACAUCUUGAUCAAGAGGUACCCCCGGGUCCCGACCCGUUCGCAGAUGAGCGUGUAAAGAAGGUUGAAUCGAAUUUGAAGAUGGAUCCGUCUGUGAACGGCGACACCGUGACAUCCCAGCAUCAGUCAGCAAUGAGUUCGGACACGGCAGCCCCAGAGCGAGACAGCACCAGCCGGGAGGGUUCACCCGAACAACCAGGUAUCGGGGCUACGGCUGCGGCCACUGCACCACCCACUUUGCAAGACGACAGUGACAGCGAGAUCCGGCCUUACUCUCUGCCCUCAAUUCGAGAGCUUUUUCGCGUGUUAAUUGAUCUUCUUGAUCCUCACAACCGUCAACAUACCGAUACGAUGAGAGUGAUGGCCUUGCGCAUCAUUGAUGUUGCUUUGGAAGUGGCCGGUCCAUCUAUUGCUCGACAUCCCAGCUUGGCUGCUUUAGCUAAGGAUGAUCUCUGCCGCUAUCUAUUUCAAUUGGUCCGCUCGGAGCAGCUGGCUAUUCUCACCGGUUCUUUGAGAGUCGCAGGCACAUUGCUGUCGACGUGCCGGUCUGUAUUGAAGCUGCAGCAAGAACUUUACCUCUCUUAUCUGGUAGCUUGCCUUCAUCCCCGCGUGGAGAUCCCCCGGGAGGCAGGCAUCGACCCUUCGCUUUACGAAGGGGUACCACAGGCACCAAAGCUAGUUAAGCAGCCGUCCUCCCAGACCAAUAGUGGCCGGUCCACUCCAGUCCCUGUGAAGGAUCGUCAAAAACUCGGUCUUGAAGGAGGUUCUCGGAAACCUGAAGCUCGGGAGGCGAUGGUCGAAAGCAUAGGAGUUCUGUCACGAAUCCCUAGCUUCAUGGUCGAACUCUUCGUCAAUUAUGACUGUGAAGUUGAUCGGGCCGACUUGUGUGAAGACAUGAUUGGGCUGCUGUCUCGCAAUGCCUUCCCAGAUUCCGCAACAUGGAGUACAACGAAUGUGCCCCCGCUAUGUCUCGAUGCUCUCCUUGGUUAUGUUCAGUUUCUUUAUGAUCGUAUGAACGACGAACCGGUACAAGGGAAUUAUCCUCCUCUGGAAAGCCUUCGACGUCAACGGAAAACGAAGAAGCUUAUCAUUAAAGGAGCUCAGAUGUUCAACGAGGAGCCCAAGGCAGGAAUUGCUUACCUCACAAACCACGGGAUUAUCGAAGACGCCAAAAACCCCGUGCUGGUUGCCCGCUUCCUCAAGGGAACGGGACGCCUGUCAAAGAAGGUGCUUGGUGAUUUUAUUUCCAAACGAGACAACGAAGAGUUGCUGGGCGCGUUUGUCGAUCUCCUCGAUUUCUCGGGGAGAAACGUGGUUGAAGCGCUUCGAGAGCUGCUUAGCUCGUUCCGCUUGCCCGGCGAGUCGCCCUUGAUUGAACGAAUCGUGACUACUUUCUCGGAGCAUUAUAUGGAGAAAGCCCAACCCGAUGGUAUUGCGGACAAAGACGCACUCUAUAUCUUGACCUAUGCAAUCAUCAUGCUGAACACUGAACUCUACAACCCCAAUGUCAAGUCGCAAAACCGCAUGUCUUUCCCAGCGUUUGCCAGAAAUCUUCGUGGGGUCAACGGGGGCAGUGACUUUGCAGAGGAAUUCCUUCAGGAAAUUUACGACUCCAUCAAGGAGAAUGAAAUCAUUCUGCCGGAUGAGCAUGAGAAUAAACACGCGUUCGACUAUGCUUGGAAGGAGCUUCUCCUGAAGUCGUCUACCGCCGGUGAGAUGGUGGUGGGCGAGACCAACGUAUACGACGCAGAGAUGUUUGAAGCAACCUGGAGACCGGUUGUAGCUACCCUCUCAUACGUUUUCAUGUCUGCCUCUGACGAUGCCGUCUACUCCCGCGUCGUCAAUGGAUUUGACCAGUGUGCUCAAAUCGCUGCCCGAUAUGGUCUGACAGAGUCAUUUGAUCGGAUUGUCUCUUCCCUGGCCUCGAUUAGCACUUUGGCGACGACUAAACCUCCCAGCACUGCGCUCAACACGGAAGUGCAAGCAGGGAAGAAGAGCGUGAUGGUUAGUGAGUUGGCUGUGAAGUUCGGAAGAGACUUCAGAGCACAACUGGCUACAGUGGUACUGUUCCGAGUUCUGGCGGGUAAUGAGUCCACGCCUAAGCAAGGUUGGGAGCACAUUAUCCGCAUUCUCAGCAACCUCUUUAUAAAUUCUCUAAUCCCGCCAUUCGACUCCACGUUGACUGCUGAGCUGAAUAUCUCCCCGAUUCCCUUGCAGCCCCCGUCACAGGUUGUCGACCGAGAUGGAAGGGGUAACGAUUCUGGCUUGCUGUCUGCUUUUACUUCAUAUCUGUCAAGUUAUGCAGCCGAUGAUCCUCCAGAGCCAUCAGACGAAGAGCUUGACAACACUCUUUGUACGGUGGAUUGCGUCACUGCAUGCUCUAUUCCCGACAUCUUGACCAACAUCAAAUCUCUACCAUUAUCGUCCCUGGAGUCGCUUGUACAGGCCCUCUUGUCCCAGCUCCCCGAAGAAAAUGCACCCGCCGUGAUUGUGGUGAAGCCCGAACGCCCGAGUCCCGUCUCAAGACCUUCGAGUAGAGCUGACCCCAAUCAGCCAAAGUAUGAUCCGUCUAUGAUCUUCCUUUUGGAGCUGGCGACCGUGCUCACUCUUCGUGAUGACAAAACCCUCGGGAGCCUCGGUGAAUCAUUGGCAACUACCCUCCAGACCUUGACUCGCGAUGCUAAGAACCUUCACCCACUGACCGUAUCGCGCAUCGUGUCCUACCUGUUUAACCUGCUCAGACUAAGUCAUGAUCAGCAUUUCUUGCGCGUACCAGUUGUCCUUCACGCGAUCUCUGGCUAUGAUCAAGAUGUCUUGGAGACCGUCGCCGUGCCGACAGUGAAGGGUCUGUCACGAUGCAUUUCCCACACUGGUCGCCUCAGAAACGAGAUCACUAUCUCGCCGGACUUCUGGUCCAUCUUACAACGGCUGCACCAACAUGAAGAAGCCGCUCCCCUGGUGUUCGAAUUGCUCGAGAGUAUUGUCCACUCUAUGCCCGACAUUAUCACAGCCGACAACUACGAAUCGGCCGUUGCUCUGGCAAAUGACUUUGUCAGUGCAGGCCACGUCGGUUCUGUCGAUGAGCGUCAAAGGGAUGCUCAUGCUCGACGAAACAAGGGUGUCAAACAACCCAAGCCAAGCGAAAAUCAAAUCGUUUCCCGCGGCAUCAAAGCCAUUGGUUUGAUAUAUCACCUCACUGGGCGGGUUCCUGCGCUUAUCAAGCAGUCCCACCUUGAAGAGCGUGAAGCCUGGUCUGCCUAUUGGUCUCCCAUUUUCGAAUCCCUUCGUGGCCAAUGCACCAACCCAUGUCGUGAUAUUCGCCACCAUGCCAUUUCAACUCUGCAACGAGCUCUCCUGUCUGCUGAACUGAUUUCUGGUGACGAUAAGGAGUGGGCCACUAUCUUCGAUGAGGUUCUCUUCCCUCUCAUUCUGCGCCUCCUUAAGCCAGAAGUCUACCACUCCGACCCCUAUGGCAUGGGUGAGACUCGAGUGCAGGCGGCGACAUUGGUCUGCAAAAUCUUCCUGCGCUUCCUCGAUCAACUUCCCAACCGGGAGGGUAUGCUCCCUCUCUGGCUCCAAAUCCUGGAUAUACUUGACCGCAUGAUGAACAGCGGCCAGAGUGAUAGUCUGGAGGAGGCCAUUCCCGAAAGCUUGAAGAAUAUCCUGCUUGUCAUGGCUGAUGGUAGAUAUCUGGUACCUCCAUCGCAGGACCCUAGCAAGGAGGAGAUGUGGAUGGAGACUCGCAAGCGCCUGGAGCGAUUCCUGCCGGGCCUUUUCCAGGAAAUUUUCCCCGAUGCGGCCAAGGAACCCGAAAAGGUCCAAGCAGUAUCAGCCGCUCCGUCGCCGUCCCAACCGGCCAGUGAGGCUGUUAAGAGUGAAGAAAUCGUGCCGUUACCUCAAGAUGCUGGCGUUGAUACCACGGAAGGCACUCCAGCUGGCUCUGCUUCCGAGCAAGUUGCCUCAUAAUAGGCAAAACGAAUUUUCGGUUUUCCGUAUGAAUCGUGGUGUUACGGUUCUGAUACUAUCCUCUUUUCAACCCAUUUUGUGCAUCCAUAUAUAGAUAGCGGUGGGACGAUGAUCCCUUUUUGCAAAAUGCCCCCCUUUACCUGUGAUUUCAUUUAUUGUUUCUAAUCUUCCUGUGUAGAUAGCGCGCGUGUGGUGGAUUUUUACUUUUACUAGGCUCAAGUUCAUAAUCAAUGGGAGCAUGAUUCUGAGACUUAAAAGGAUCACGGAGAAAUUUAAAACACAAAGAACA